CUAUUUCUGGAAAUCUUUUCAUUGUGGUUUUAUAUCAUCUGAGUAAAACACUUCAGACUCCCAUGUACCUCUUCAUCACCCAACUAUCAUUGUUUGAUAUAAUUCUGUUUACAGAUAUUCUUCCCAACCUUCUUUAUAUUACCUUACAUGAUGGUUGUACCAUGUCUUUUGCUGAAUGUAUUGCCCAGUUCACCUUCUUUUCACAUGCUGAGACCUCAGAGUGUUUUCUGCUGACUGUGAUGUCCUAUGACCGGUAUUUGGCAAUCUGUAAGCCUCUGCAUUACAACUCUAUAAUGAACCAAUCAAAUUGCAUUAAAUCAGUGAUUAUCAUUUGGGUACUGAGCUUCAAAUUGGCGAUGGUUAAUUCUAUGUCUUUGUACAGUCUUUACUAUUGUGGACCAAACAUCAUUCAUCACUUCUUCUGUGACUAUCUACAAAUACUUGAGCUUUCCUGCUCUGAUACUUCAUGGAUUGACAUUCAGACAUAUCUUGUAGGUCUCAUUUGUGUCAUAGCACCUUUUAUGAUAAUUGUUAUAUCAUAUAUCUAUAUUGUUAUAACCAUCCUCAAAAUUAAAUCAAUUACAGGAAGAAAGAAAGCCUUCACCACCUGCAGCUCUCACUUGACUGUAGUGUGCAUUUUUUACGGGACGCUAAUCGCUGUCUAUUUGUUUCCGACCAAAGGGCAACUAGAUAUUCUGAACAAGGUCCUUUCUCUCUUUUACACUGUAAUAACUCCCUUACUUAAUCCGAUCAUAUACACGUUUAGGAACAAGGACUUUAAAAAAGCUGCUGAAAAAAUAAAAUCAUAAUUGUUUAAAUUCAAAAUACAAAUGUGAGCGAUAUG